AUGGAUCCCUGCGGUACGCCAGAGCUCAAAGAGACUGAAGAAGAGGACAGAUCACCAAUCAUAGAGAAAGCCCUCGCCUGGCUCAUGGUUUCAUACUGGGGGACGAGCUGGACGCUGACAUUACUGUGUGCAGUGAUGCUGGCAACAUCACAGUCUCAGGGCGGAUGGCUGCAGCACGACUUUGGUCACCUGUCCGUUUUCAAGAAGUCCAAGUGGAAUCACCUGGUGCACAAGUUUGUCAUCGGACAUUUGAAGGGAGCUUCAGCCAACUGGUGGAAUCAUCUACAUUUCAGUCACCACGCCAAACCCAACGUCCUGAGUAAAGAUCCUGAUGUCAACAUGUCGGGCAUCUUUGUUCUUGGCGCCAUUCAACCUGUGGAGUACGGCAUUAAAAAGAUCAAACAGAUGCCAUAUAACCAUCAACAUCAGUACUACUUUCUUCUGGGACCACCGCUGCUCAUUCCACUCGUCUUCAACCUUCAGAUAUUGAAUGUCAUGAUUUCUCGCCGCAACUGGGUGGAUCUGGCGUGGUAUUUGUCGUUCUACUUUCGAUUCUUCUACUGCUACACCCCGCUGUACGGCCUGCUGGGCUCAGCGGCGCUCAUCCUGUUUGUCAGGUUUUUAGAGAGCCACUGGUUUGUGUGGGUGACCCAGAUGAACCAUCUUCCAAUGAAUAUUGAAUAUGAGCGGCACCAGGACUGGCUGACCAUGCAGCUACAAGCCACGUGCAACAUUGAGCAGUCCUUCUUCAACGACUGGUUCAGCGGACACCUCAACUUUCAAAUCGAGCACCAUUUGUUCCCCAGGAUGCCGCGUCACAACUACCACCUGGUGGCUCCGCGGGUCCGCGCUCUGUGUGAGAAACACGGGAUUCCUUACCAGGUUAAAACUUUGUGGCGAGGCAUGGCGGACGUCGUCAGAUCACUAAAAACCUCGGGGGACCUCUGGCUCGAUGCAUAUCUUCACAAAUGACAAGACGGUUGCACAUUUAAGGAUCUUAUACGUACAAAAAGUAUUGUUAAAUUAUUAAAUUCUGC